AAGGAGGAAGUGCGUAACUUGGAGGAAAGAAGAUGGAGAUGUGUGUGCACGAUGGCCCAGGGCUUCAUGCCUUGUGUGCCAUGCUCGGAAAUUGGCUUCCGGACGAUAAUGCGAACAGUGUCGGAGGCACGAACAAAAGCUCGACCUUCUUGGGACAAUACACGUUCUUUUCACCGUACAUGAAGCUUGCCGGGGAAUAUGAUCUUUGGUUCAAGAUCGAUAAAAAAGCGAAAGUCGGAUUGAAAGGUCUCCUGGAACGUGUCAAAGCGGAUACGUACGAUUCCGGUUUUCCGGUGAGAAGAACGCUCAGUGCUCUGGAUUUUGCGCGAAAGGAGGUGAUUCCUUUCCUUCUGGGUGCAUCGAAGUCAAGUCAUUUGUUGGGAGCUGUCCGAUUAUUGAGAGCUUUGACGACUCCGUUCGAGGCUCUUAUCCCGACCCCAGCUCAGAAAAUUGCAAACGGUGGUUCGGACUUUUUGAGAAGCGAGGAAAACUCGAAGUCGAGUAUGGAUGAUGUUUUCUUCCAAGAAAUAAACGGUUCUGUCGGCGUGGAUGUAAUUGAUCCAGGUGGCUUCAGAAAUUUCGGGCUUUCGCAUGAUGGAGCCAUGAUUGAGCUCUCGUCGAGGUUGCAAGAGGUGAAAUUGGCGUUUGUGGACGCGAGAACUACCAAGGUCUUGGUGGACAAGCUGAACUCGAUGUUCUUUCAAAAACGCGAAGCAUCAUCCCGCCGGAAUCCGGGCGAAACUGUGAAACUCAGUGAUACUGAUCGGGAACUAGUUUACCAAAUACUCAUGCUGCUGAGGAACGUACUGCACAUGGAAACGGAGGAAUUCGUUGGUCAAGGGCAUCUGGUGGACCACAAACGACUACAGCCGGAUUUCCUGGCUCUGGUGUCGAGGAAAAAUGCCAUGUUUUGCGGAAAACGGGAUGAGCAGGAGGGUGCUGACGGACUGGAGAAGCAGAUGGUUAAACCUCAGAACGUCUUGCUGGGCAAUUUGUUUGCCCAGCAUUUGGACGAUGCUUUGUUGGAGCUAUUGGAGCACCCGGACUUGCCAUUUUGGAGUGGACCUUUGACGGAAGUUGUAUCUUUGCUGUACAAAAAUCAGCACGUUUCGAAUCUGCAGAAACUGGUUGCGCAGUGGUUAGAUUCCGAAGGCACAGACUCAACUUCUGAUGAUGAAAGCAACACUUCACCGGUGGAGAGUGGAAAUCAAUCCUCCCCGCUCCUUUCCUCGUCCAACAAUGGUUCGGAUUCUUCGGAUUCUGAUAAACCCGAUUCGGGAAAUACACCAGAUCACCAGGACUUGUCCAAAGAAAUGGAGAAGAUGCAGAUGAGCUCGAAUGACUCUGAAUCCUCGUCGAAAUCGAAAAAGCCUCACUCGAAGCGUGCACAACGAGACUCGCGACCAUUCGAACGUUCGGAACAGCAGGAUAAUAAGCCGCCUUUUUUCCCGCCUUCACCGGAAUUGCGGAAAAAGCGACAACGCAGCCCUAGCCGGAACAAUAAGCGUCUCUGCGUUCGUUCCGGUUCCGGAUCCGGUCGCAACAACAAAAACAACAAGGAAGACGACGCCGACGCAUUUACUGCACCCUCCUGUGUCACUUGGCGCAAAGAAGACCAUGGGAAGAAGGGUGUGGAGUGUUCGAGAGCCACGUCGAUUGAGAGUCUGGACUCUGGGGCUUGGAUGAGUUCGUCGAUGACGUCGUCGAAAUCAAUGGAGAGCAAGAAGAGGAAGCCGUCGUCUGUUGACGCUGCCCCGUGCGAAUAUAAUCCGCGGGAGGAAAAGCGGGCGGCGAGCGAGGAAAUGAACGUGGAGCACGACGACGGACCUGCUGAAAGCUGCCGUCCUCAGUUUCCGACGAUGCUUCACCGCAGUGGCGAGACUGAAUCCAGGGAAAAGGCGGAUAAAUGGAAAUUUGCGAUUCCUUUUCGCAAGGACGGUGUGAAGAAGCAGCAGUGUUUCAGGUCGAUUUCCACGGAACGGUCCAACGGAAGUGGCGGGAAUUCCAGUGACGAGAAACCUGAGGUGAAUGAAGCCCUGAAGGGAGUCACUCAACCGGUUUCUGAUUGUCCUUCGUCCACGGAAGAUGACUUGGAGAAAACACGAAACAGAAAUGUGACCAUGCAUCGGAGGCUGACCCAUCAGAAGAGCUCUUCUAGCGGUCAUUUGAAAUCAGUUUCGAAAAGCCUGGCAUUGCACAAAAUGAGCCCGAAUUACACCCAGCUGUUGUCGAGCAGACGGAAACACAGACUCGCUGCUCAGCGCAGAAGAACAUCUGAGAGGAGCCAAAGAGCUUCUCCGUAUCCAAGCGACGAUGAAAUUUCACUCUUGCUCAGAGAUUUCACCGUGGAGUUUCUUAUCGGAGGCUACGGGCGACUGGUUGGUGUCUUGGCGAACGAGCUUCCGUUUUCUGCUUUCAAGCAGACUUCUUCAGCUGACAAUUCAGAGGAAAAUGAAGACAGUGUUGUCCGCAGCAAAAUUGCGACGUCUAAUGUAGACCCUGCGCAUUUUUUUUGGCUCAUCACGUAUUUCCUCAAGUUCGCCACACAAAUCCCUGUGGAUUUCGAUCAUUUAAGAUCGGUGUUGUCUCCGCAAGUUGUCAGCUACCUCGUUUAUCAAGGACUGGUUCUGUCUGAGGAAGUGAAGAAGAUGAGCAUGUGUUACCCAGUCGGGCUGUUCUGCCAGAAUUCUCCUCCGUUCUUGCGCUCGUUGCACUUGGUUGUUACCGCCCUGAGUGAGUUUCUGCAUGGUGUUGACACCUAUGCCCGAUCUUCUCGAGUGGCCGAGGUUGACAAAGAAAGGAUCCGGGAAUUGCAGAGGUUUUUGUUGAAACUAAGGGAUAUGAGGUCAUUGCUGGCGUUGCUGGUGCGAAAUGAAGCCCUCUUACACGGACCUGGUUCGGCGACCCUCGACACGUUUCCGCCGAGUGCUUACUUGAUCGAUUUGAUACAAACGAAUCACAUCUUCAUGUGUUACUUGCCAAAUUUCGCUUCUGCGUGCAACCAAGGCAAUCCCGGCGAAACAGCCUUGUGCAACAAAAAGGCUGUUGAUGCGUUGAUGGAUCACCUCGAGAAGUUGUCUUCUGCAAAGGUGGUGAAUCAAUACGGCGCCGUUUUGUCAUCCUACUCAACGAAUCCGACACCCCUGAACGACGCUGUGUUCUCGCUAUUCCAUCACGUGUCGGUGUCUCUGGAAAAACCCCAGGCUCUUCUUCAACCUCUGAUCGUGUCCACGUUUGCCGACAUGUGGAACACGGGGCGUGAACUUAGCGACGAAUGGGGAGAUGUCGUUGCUCUGGUGAUGCGGUUGUUUAUCGAGAGACUGGCGCAAGUCCGAGGCUCGUCGUCGUCGGACGAAAGUUCCAUGUCGUCGGGCGACAUGGUCUCUGUCUUUGAGACUGGCGAGGAUACCGUAUUCCCGGAUGUUUCGUUUCGCACGUGUGAUGACAUGGAAGCGGAAGUGAACGACAACAGGUUCUCUGAAUUGGACCCGAUUGUCAAAAAAGUACUGGAAUGCAGUGUACAUGCAGAGCAGUGGUUGGAGUGGAUCCGCACUUUCCUCACCCAGGCUGCUUGUGUCAAAAUGUACCUCACCCUGCAGGAAUCGUUCAAGGCCAUGCCAGUCACUGCUGAAAUCAAAGAGCUGAGUCUUGCCUGGCACAAGGAGUCUGAACUGCUUCUGAAUCCCAUUCUAUUCUUCCAUUGCUUGGCGAAGAAGAGGAUACCCUUGGUGCCCUGGACAGAGCCUCUGGAAAGGGCUCUAGAAAACAAACAGUUCCUGACUUUGUUGGAGUGGUUGGGUCUGGAUCUGGCGGCGGAAUCCGGCGGAAGCUUUCCAACUGUUCCCCGGUCCUGGGGCAGCGAAGAACUGCUUGGAGCUGCUCACAAAAUAACGCCAAAGAAAAUAGUGCUCGUUGCCGAGGAUGUUGUCGAAGUUGUGAGGAAAGUUAAUCGCGUUCCGGAUGCAAUGGAGAUCGACAAGGAGUCUACUCGGGAACCUUUUGUGGAUGUGACGGGGGCUGAGGAAAAGGCCGGGUCUUCUGGAAGCGACAGCUGCUACGGAUCUUCGAUGACGAAAAGCGAGAAGACCGAAGAAUUCCCGACGCGAAAGUCAAAUUCGACGUCGUUUUGGACACACAAUGUUCGGGACGCUCUGCCGAAGGGCCUUCGGCUGCUAGUCGACGACGACGAUGAAUUGUAACCUGAUUUCAGACUUGAGAGAACCUUUUUCCUGAACCCUUUGUGGAUGUUUUUUUUUCGUCAACAAUUUUUCCAAUUUUGCCAUUUGGCACAUUUCAUCGGUGGAAACGUAUUUGACCAGAAAGCUUCUGUAUACGCAAUGACUCGUUGGUGAGUCGUUUUAUUUUGUUUUAUUUUUUUGUCGUUGAAGGUAUAUCUUUUUUAAGUGAAGCGAGAAUGUUUUUAUUUGCCAUGAGCAGCUUUAAUUUCAGGAAAGAAAGCGAAAGGAACUAAAUGUGAUGCGUGAUUGAGCCAGUCAAAAGCAUUCCAAUUUUCAUUCAGUUUUAACCCAAGUGAGUGUUCCCCGUGAAUGGUGAUGUGAUUUUAUUUUGAUGCAAUCUCGCGCAUUGUUGGCGAAAACUGAAUGUGGUGUUAUGGUGUUCGUGUUUUACGAGAUACACUUUUUUUUGCGGAAAAGAA